CAGAUCCACGUGUUUACACUACUUUUGAAUUACCCGGGAGAGGAAGAGGACAAGAGAUGGGUAUAUUUUCAUCAACAGCCCAACUUGAUAUAUUAUUGUCGGGGAUUGUUGUGAUUUUAUUACAUCGAAACUUUCUGCAAGCGGUCAGAGCUGUCGAUGUUCCUAGCUUACAUGAUACGCUUGGACUUAAUACAAAGGGCGCGAAUGAGUACACGCCACAAUUCACUGGUACGCCAUACGAAGUGGGGGUGAUAGAAAACAUUCCUAUGGGAUCCAUUGUCUUCCAAGUUUUUGCUCAGGACGCCGACAGGGGAGAAAAUGGAAGACUUAGCUACGUGCUGCUACAGGGAACUCAGAACUUUGAAGUUGGCGAGAAUACUGGGCUCAUUCAAACACGCUCUAUCCUUGACCGCGAAGUGGCGGAUCAUGAGAUGCUUUUGGUGGAGGUGCGUGACCAUGGUACUCCCUAUAAGUCUGCUGUGGUUAAGGUGCUUGUCCAUAUUUUGGACGUAAACGACAAUGCGCCUGUAUUCUCAAGGAACCUAUACAGCAAUUUAAUAUGGGCUGGUGAUAGAGUAGGACAAGUUGCGAUGGGCCAGAUCACCGCAGUUGAUGCUGAUAUAGGAAGAAACGCUGAAUUAACUUACAGCUUUGUCCACUCAAAUACCCCAACCUGCCAUCAUUUCUCCAUUGAUUCUCAGUCGGGUGUGAUCAAGAUCGCUCAUAAGUUUAAUGAAGGGGGUUCCCAUAUACCAGCCUGCAACACAAGCGUUGUUGUUACUGAUGGAGGUGUGCCCCCGUUAUCGUCGACAGCAGAAGUCAUAAUAGUGAUUGUAUCCAAUAACGAUAUUAUAUAG